CCUGCGCUCGCUUUGCCUCCUCCCUGCAACUGCUCUUGUAUCGCAAGGAGAGCAAGAAAGAAAGAAAGAAAGAAACAAACCGCUCUUGUAUCUCUCAGGCCAAAGAAGAGGAGAAACCAACUUCCCCUUCUCACCCCCCACCCCAGAUAUAUAAAACCCAAAGAAAGAGUCGAGGAGGAAUCAGAACAAGGAACAAGAUGGUGUCUGCGGUGUUGAGGACGAUCCUGGUGACCGGCGGCGCGGGGUACAUCGGCAGCCACACCGUGCUGCAGCUGCUCCUGCAGGGCUUCCGCGUCCUCGUCGUCGACAGCCUCGACAACGCCUCCGAGGAGGCCAUCCGCCGCGUCCGACAACUCGCCAACGCCCCGCAAAACAGCCUCGACUUCCGCAAGGUGGACCUUCGUGACAAGGAGGCGCUCGACCAAAUCUUCUCCUCCCAAAGGUUCGAGGCUGUGAUCCACUUUGCCGGGCUGAAAGCCGUCGGGGAGAGCGUGGAGAAGCCCCUGCUUUACUACGACAACAACCUCAUCGGCACCAUCACCCUCCUCCAAGUCAUGGCAGCACAUGGAUGCAAGAAGCUUGUCUUCUCAUCAUCAGCCACUGUCUACGGGUGGCCCAAGGAGGUGCCCUGCACCGAGGAGUUCCCGCUCUCGGCGACCAACCCUUACGGCAGAACAAAGCUUGUCAUUGAAGACAUCUGCCGUGACCUCCAGCGCUCGGACCCUGACUGGAAGAUCAUCCUGCUGAGGUACUUCAACCCAGUCGGCGCUCACCCGAGCGGCUACAUCGGGGAAGACCCCCUUGGAGUCCCCAACAACCUGAUGCCCUAUGUCCAGCAAGUCGCUGUCGGGAGGCGGCCUGCGCUGACGGUUUAUGGGACCGACUACAACACCAAGGAUGGAACAGGGGUACGUGACUACAUCCAUGUUGUUGACCUGGCUGACGGCCACAUCGCCGCCUUGAGGAAGCUCUACGAAGAUUCUGACAGAAUAGGGUGCGAAGUGUACAAUCUGGGCACUGGAAAGGGGACAUCCGUGCUGGAGAUGGUUGCCGCAUUCGAGAAGGCUUGCGGAAAGAAAAUCCCUCUGGUUUAUGCUGGAAGAAGAGCUGGAGAUGCCGAGACUGUGUACGCUGCCACCGCCAAAGCAGAGAAGGAGCUCAAGUGGAAGGCCAAGUAUGGGGUGGAGGAGAUGUGCAGAGACCUGUGGAACUGGGCCAGCAAGAACCCCUACGGCUACGGAUCCAGCGAUUAAUAGACACCAGAGCCAGUAGUAAUAGCAUACACCAUAUGAUUCAUCUAUAUAUUUAUCCACCACCACCACAGAGCACAGAGAGAAGAAGAGUACUAGUGAUGUGUAUAGGGAGUGAGUCGGAUCGGAUCCAUCAGUAGCUUAUAAUUAAUUAUAUUGUUCGCGUUAGAAAGCUAAUCAUAUCAAUCUCCCUUAUGGAGUAGAAGAAAUAAGGUUGGUUCCCUUGCCUCGUAGAAAUAUAUAUAUAUAUCUUGUCGCUCAUGGAAUAACUUACUUUACCUACUGAUAUAAAUAUAUAUGCUUGGUUCAUUUUGUUGA